CUGCGCUUCAACUAUUCCCGGUGCCCAGUGUCCGUCGCUCACCGUAGCACCGUAGCUCCCUAUGCACAUUCUCCGUACCUUUGCAAAAGUCCCCCUCUGCCCCAACCCCAACCCCAGCCCCCUAAACUCGUUCAUUGCCUGCCAUGAUUCACCUCUGCCCCAACCCCAACCUCCACCCCCUGGGGCAGCAGCCGAAGGCUCCGUAGGCCUUCACCGGUGGUCUCGUCGAGCGUCGUCGAAUUCAUCCUCCUCUGUCACGGAUGGAUGGAUGGACGGAUGGAUGAUAUACCGCUUUCAAGGCCGGGCUUUAAAGGCUAACGCUCUCGCUGCCCGACGAUCAAAUCUACUCCAUUUAUGGGCCUCAUUCACCGUCCGUCGUCGUACAGGGUGCGCCUCAUAAUUCCCCAUCGUCCGUCGCCCGUCGUCGUUAACGAGAAAGAGUUAUGGCCAAACUGGUCGUCGCAGGAGAAAGGCCGCGACCAGUCGUAGCCAGGGGUUUAGCCAGGGGUCCCCGAAACUUGGCUCUGGCUCUGGCGAUGGCGAUUCUCGUCGGGAGAGAGAAGAUCCGAGGGGAAGCGAAGCGAAGCGGAUCAGAAGAAGCGCCAUCGCCAUCGCUGGAUUCUCUCUCGCCGCUGUACAGCAAAUUCUUCGAGAUGGCGCCGUGCCUGCCGCCGGCCAGCGCUAGCAGGAGCAGGAGGAGGAGGCAGUGCCCAGCGCACGACUGUCCUGAGCUCUGAGCUCUGACACGGCCGGCCGGCGAAGGAGGGGUCGGGAUGCAGCAGCAGCAGCAGCCGCAGACGUGGUACAGCGGAUGAGAUGGGCGUGACCGGAUGUUGAGAAAUCGCGGCCCAUCGAGCCCAUGCAGCGUACACAGGACGACGCAGUGCUUUUGACCGGGUUUUGUUUCGCGGUCGUUGGUCGACCCCACGUGAUCCCGUUCGCCCUUGCUCUCUUCUGCCAUAUUUUAAAGCCCAAUUCAUUCCUCGGACUCUGCAGCUCCUUUUGCGCGCGCUCCCACUUAUCCUCUCGCCCUCCAUGCUUCGGAUUGGAUCGGAUCGCGCCCCUGAGCUGCCAAUUCCUCGCUGUUGUUGUUGUUCCACCUCCCAAUCUCCAGCUUCUGGUCGCUCGCUCGCUCUCUCUCUCUCUAGCUGGAGGUUCUUCGCAAGUUGGUGCAAGCGCUGGAGCUCUCUCAGGAUGCUGUCUGUCACCUCGUGGCCGAACAGACAGCGUCUCCUUGGUUCUCGAUACAGCUGGGCAAAUUCUUCAUCAUCAUCAUCAGCAGCAGCAGCAGGGUUUGCUGUAGUUCGGGGUCCCUGUAAAGCGAGAUGAAGGCGGUGCAAUUCCGAGCAGUGACACCAACAGCAGCUGCAGAUUCUGAAGGUCGAAGCUGAGAUCGAUGGGGGAUCUGCGUUCCGACCCUAAACCCCUGGAUCGCCUUCUCGUGGAGCCUCUAUCGGGAUCCCUCAAAAGACCAUCCUCUGUUGCAUUUCUGCACACGAUAAGCGUUUCCGUGCUAGUUCUCUGUGUAAUUGCGCAAACUUCAGGUCGAAGGCAAGCGAUUGUGUCUGUGGAUCGGUAGCCUCCCUCACCCACAGACACGAGUCGGAUCGAUGCAGUUUUGAGAUGCCCUCCGUCCCCUGGCCACUUGAGUUUGUGGCAGGCCUUACUCGAUUACGUGCGGGCUCGACGAGCGGAUGAAGGAUUUGGUGGAAAGGACAGCAGGAAAACCUUCGACCGAGGACCAUCCAUGAUCAGGCUCAGAGGCCCAAAUCCGUCGUUGGGCCCGAAUCUGCUCCUGGAGUAGUAGUAGUAGCACUCGGUAGUACGAGCACGAGGAAAAUGAGCUUGGCGUCCGAAGCUCGCUCGUCCAUCCGAAUUCGCGACGGUGCGCAAUUCGGGCCUUGGAGUAAGUUUUUGGUUCCAUUCGACUGUUCCUUCUCGAAUCCAUGUCAUGCGACGGAAAACAUGAUUUGCAUUUCGUUGGCAUUACAAUAUUCAAUAAUUAACGUAGACUGUUUUGCAUAAAUGUGGAAAUAAAUACGUCCAUUUGAAGAUGGUAAAGGAAGCAUAUUACAACUAUAUCUCAAACUAUAUUCGAACUAAAAUUUCC